AUGGUCGAGGGGAAAAACAGUAAAAGGAAAAGCGAAGCAGGAGAAGGUCCAGUGAAAGAAGUGAAAAAGAAGAGAAGAAACAGUAGGAAGAACAAGAAGAAAAACCGACAAAAAGACAAGGCAAGCGAAGCAAAUGAAGGAAUGCCUGGAGCAUUUCCACUGCCAUCACCACCUACCACACCACCUACAACGAUUAUACUCUCUGAUAAUGAAGAAGAUGAUAACAGUAAAGAAGUUACAGACACUCACAAUGAAGACCAUGAGGUCUUGCAUACCACAACAAACAGGAUAUCACUAACUAAUCGAGACUUACAAACAUUACAACCUGGAAAUUGGCUUAACGACACUAUCAUCGACUUUUCAUUAAAGACAAUUGAGGAUAAAUACCGAUGCAGCGAUUAUAUAUUUGUAUCGAGUAGUUUCUUCUUUACAAGACUCAAAUCAGCUAAAUCGUAA